UUCCACACACACCCCAUUAGCCAUUACAAUUAUUUACCUCAUUUUUCAAUGGCAUUUUUGGACCUCUCUAUGAUGAAUAUAGGGAUAGUAGUGUUGGUUUUGAGUUUGUGGAGUGGAAUUGGAGUUGCACAACAAGUUCCUUGCUAUUUUAUUUUUGGAGACUCUUUGGUGGAUAAUGGUAACAACAACCAACUCACUUCUAUUGCAAAAGCUAAUUACCUACCUUAUGGAAUUGACUUUCCUGGUGGACCAACUGGAAGAUUUUCAAACGGCAAAACCACUGUUGAUGUCAUUGCUGAGCAAUUGGGGUUCAAUGGUUACAUACCUUCGUAUGCAUCAGCUAGAGGCCGACAAAUACUCAGAGGAGUCAAUUAUGCUUCAGCAGCUGCUGGAAUCAGAGAAGAAACAGGACAACAAUUGGGACAACGAAUUAGUUUUAGAGGGCAAGUGCAAAAUUACCAAAGGACAGUGUCCCAAUUGGUAAAUUAUUUUGGAGAUGAGAACACUGCUGCAAAUUAUCUUAGCAAGUGCAUUUAUACAAUUGGAUUGGGUAGCAAUGAUUACCUUAACAAUUAUUUCAUGCCUACAAUCUAUUCCACUAGUAGACAAUUCACACCUCAACAAUAUGCUAAUGUCCUUCUUCAAGCAUAUGCUCAGCAACUCAGGAUUUUAUAUAAUUAUGGGGCAAGGAAAAUGGCGUUAUUUGGAGUUGGUCAAAUAGGUUGCACCCCAAAUGCAUUGGCCCAAAACAGCCCAGAUGGUAGAACAUGUGUAGCAAGAAUCAAUUCUGCAAAUCAAUUAUUCAACAAUGGAUUAAGAUCUCUUGUUGAUCAACUCAAUAACCAACUUCCUGAUGCAAGAUUCAUUUAUGUAAAUGUUUAUGGUAUCUUUCAAGACAUCAUAACCAGCCCAUCAACCUAUGGUUUUAGAGUUACAAAUGCUGGAUGCUGUGGUGUAGGAAGAAACAAUGGUCAAAUUACAUGUUUGCCCUUUCAACCUGCAUGUAGGGAUAGGAAUGGGUUCUUAUUUUGGGAUGCAUUUCAUCCAACUGAAGCUGGAAACAGUGUUAUUGGUAGAAGAGCUUACAAUGCUCAAUCUGCAUCAGAUGCUUACCCUAUUGAUAUUAAUCGCUUAGCUCAACUCUAAAGAGCUUUUAGUGGUGCUUAUAAGUUUUUUUUUUAAGGUAGUGGUGCUAAUAAGUUGUUUGUGCCACUAUUAUUGUCCUAUAAUGUGUUGUUCAUUUUCAUGUGUCUAAAAGGCGUUUAUAUUUCACUUACUUUUCUUUUGUGCAACAAGUCUCCAAGUGUACGUAAUUUGUCAUAAACAACUUUUUGUAAUGUUUGCAGUUAAUGAUGAAUAGUGAAUACUAUUUCAUGGCAUAUGACAUUUUCAUAGAAAA